AUGGCCAUGGAAGUUGAUGUUUUUCUGGAUCUCCUAGUGAUUCCUAUUAUACUUUCUACUUUGCUUUCAAGCCACCAUUAUGCAAAAGCUUCUAAUGAGAUUGGCAAGCCCCUAAUAGCCAAAACUUGCACCCCAACCGAGUUUCCUGAUGUUUGCACCUCCGUUUUGGAGUCAGAUCCUCGCAGUUCCAGUGCAAAUCUUGAAGGCCUUUCUGGGAUUGGUUUGGAGGUUACUGCAACCAAAGCUAAUGAGACUGCUCCAGUGGCGUACAAAUUGAUGAACAGUGCCAAAGACUAUGCCGAAUGGUCGAUACGUUCUACUUGUAUUCAAGCUUUUAAUAUUAAUGUCUAUCGAGUGAACGGCGAGGGUCUCAAAUAUUUUGAUGCGAAGAAGUUUGAUAAGGCAUACGAAAUUGUGGAUAUAGUUAAUGGAGAAUUACAAUAUUGCAGUACACUUGGCAUAGCAGAGUUAACUGAAAGCAGUACAUUGCUAGCGAAGUUCACCACUGAUCUAAAAACAAUUCUGCAUCAACUUUAA